AUGACAAGAGUAUACGCAGAUUCUGUGGUGAACGUGGUCAAUGUGAAAGCCAGUAACAAUACAGGUUCCCAAAUCAAUUUCCCAAGCGACCCAUUUUUCACCAAAUUGCUCGCUAGAGCUAACCGACUUGGAAAUUUGACUAUCAUCAACGAUAAUACCAUUUCAGCACAGGUUAGCUACCUUCGACUUCUACAGGACGUGAACAAUCUACGCCAAUCACUCCGGCGCCGACUCCCACCUGGUUUGCUGGAUAACAAUGGGACGUUAAGCCCAGCGGACAAUGGAACCUGUAUUGCUGUUAUCGCACGCAGCGGGUAUAGAUUCCUCGUGGCUUGUAUCGCUAUUUUCACCCUGGGAGGCAUCAUCUUACCGUUGAGCCCGGGUUAUCUUGCAGAAGAGGCGCUCUAUUUCUUGCAAAAAUGCAAAGCAGUUGCGAUUGUAUUUGAUCCUGAUCCAGCCGUCUCGGAGCUAGCACACAGCAUCGUCAACGCACAGUCGGAUAAUUCAGAGCAUGAGCCGCUCCUGCAGAUCCCGGUCACAAUGGACCCGAGCUUGCCUUUGAAGCAGAGCCUUAGCUUUGCCACUGUUCCCUCCGUUGACCCGGCAGCGAUUUCCCCUGAUCGUCCUGCUCUCUAUUUGUUAACCUCCGGAACCACAGGAACUCCUAAGGUCGUGGUGCACACGCGCAGGAUUUUCUAUGCACAACCGGAGCCGGAUUACGAUGCGGAGGACGUGUUUCUCUCGCAGCGCGCAUUUUUCUGGAUUGGCGGAUUUCGAGAACUGAUUGGUAUGCUGCUGAAGGGUGUGCGUGUUGAGAUCAUUGAUUACAAGUCGAACGCGGAUACGGUUUGGAACCGUAUAAGCAGGGGAGAUAUCACCCGUCUGUCUGUUGUUCCCGGUCUCUUCAGUAAUAUGGUAAAGGUUUGGGAAGAGAAGAUAGCCUUGUUGCCUGACCAUGAGAGGAGGCCGUAUGCAGACGCGGCUCGUAGGCUGCGCGGGGUGAAGUGUACGGGUGGGCUGGUUCCGGGCUCUGUUAAGAGAUUUUGGAAGAAUCUACUUCCAGACGUGAGGUUUGAGGUCGAAUAUGGGGCAAGUGAGUUUGGUAUGGCUGCAUUCAGUUGUUGUAUUAAGGGCGAAGAUACCAUCCAGUCACAUUAUCUUGGAAGACCGCUUCCAGGGGUUGCAUUCAAGUUGGGAGAUGAUCAAUCUGACAGAGGCGAACUGCUGCUCAAGACCCCUACUCAAUUUACUAUGUACCUGAAUAGUCCAGAGGUGACCAAUGCCAAUAUUGACGAUACCGGAUUUUUCCGAACAGGGGACCUUGCCAGACGGGCGGCAGAUGGUCGUAUUAUCAUUGAGGGACGAGUCAAGCCAGACUUUAUCCGCUACCGUGGACUAAGGGUCCCUAUCCUUGAGGUGGAGGAAAGCCUUCUAGCCCUUCCUUGUAUCUCCGAAGCCUACGUGGUUCCUAUCCUGGACGUUUUUGCUGGAGGAUCGCGGGUGGCUGCAGUCGUCCGUCUCCGCAGGGAUCCUCUCACCAAUAACACGGCGGAGUCGAGUUUAUCGCUACACACAUUGAGAACAGAGCUUUCGUCGUCUUUGCCUGACUUCAAACUUCCAACUCUUCUCCGGAUUUUGACUGAUGGUGAAGACGUUCCCAGAUCACAAGCUGGCAAACCGGCGCCGAGGGAUAUUGCCACUACAUUCUUCCCGCAGCCAGAUGAGGGCUCACUGAAGGGACUCCCUUAUGACGUUCAAUUUUGCAACACAGCUACUAGGGAUGGUCCAGUGGCUUGGAGCUGGGGGCCGAUGCGAUGCUAA